AUGGACAUCUACCACGCGAUCAUGCGCGGCCGGUACCAGACGCCGCCCGACUGCCCGAGGCAGGCGCGGGACCUGAUCUCGCAGCUGCUGGCGCAAUCGCACGCCACGCGGCUCGGCUCGGGGCGCGGAGGCCACCGCGAGGCGAGCCACCGGGGGCAGCCAGUGCGCUCGCACAACUUCUUCGGCGGCAUCGAUUUCGAGGCUUUGGAGGAGCGGGCCCUUCCGGUGCCCUGGGUGCCAGAGAUUACUGGCAACACAGACACCUCCCAGUUCGACAGCGACAGCUACAGCACCGACGACGACAAGACUUGGGAUGGCCAUAUCGAUCCGAAGCAAGAAGAGGUUUGGCGGCGCGAGUUCGACGGCUUGGAGUGCUCUUGA